AUGGCUACCUUGCAAGAAAAUUGGUUUAGUCGUAGGAAAGGUAAACAGAAUGAUUUAUAUAAAUUGGACACUAAGAAUAAAACACCCGAAGAGAACAUCAAAGAUAUCAUACAAGGCUUAUACGUUAAAAAGCCAAUUCACAAUGAUACUUCUCCCACCAACAAAAAUAACCCUAUGGAUUUUAAAUUAGGAUUAAGAGGCAUGCAGAAAAAUAGCUCUGAUAGUCGUAGACUGUCCUACUUAAAUGCAUUUGUCACACUCUUAUGUAAAGAAGAUAGAAUUAAUUUGGGAUUUACACCUGAUGAAUUAAUGACCUGUAUUAGGGUGAAUCUUGUGGAUGAGUCUAUGGUAAUCAGGGCAUCAGCUCUCAGAGUUCUGCGGUAUCUGAUCAAGACAGAAAGUGAUGUGGCAACUUUUAACAACUUAAAGUUACCGUACUUAGUUAUAAGAUCAAUGGAUUUGAUGCUACGCAAUGAAGAAGAACGAGCUCAGGCCUUACGCGUCGUACGCCGCGUAGUGGCUGUGGUAGGUGCAGCAGGUGAACCGAUGCGACGUCACCGAGCCGCGUAUGUAGACCAUGGUCUACUGCGAUGUUUAGCCGCUGUAGCGAGAGCCGCUUGUGCUGGAGAUGGUACUGGAGACAGACUUUCGCGACCAGCCAUUGCAACACUAGCCGAGAUUUGCGUCCUAAACACCGACAUGUUCAUAUCAUGCGGUGGCGUCAAUGCAGUGACUCGUCAGCUAGCGGAGUGUGCAACUCCUCGUAUGGCUGAAGCACUGUGUGGCGUCCUGCUGCAUGCGCUUAACGACCCGUUGUCACGACGCUCCGCGCGCAUCGACUUGAUGUGCCUCAGUUCGCCUUAUUGUGAUUUCCAUUUCCGUCCAGCUGGUACUGAAACCAGCAGGGAUGAACGUGAGAUGCGGUUCACAUGUAGCCGCUUAGCUCUGCUGUGCGUGCUGCGCAGUUGGCCUGGCUUAUUACACUUUUGUCACCCCUCUAGUACGGGCGGCCUAAAAGCUUUAGUAGCCGCCCUACAUUUACCGCGAUUAGAGGUUCGAAAAGCAAUAUUGGACCUUUUGUACGAGCUAGUUGGAUUACCUCAACCAGAAUGGACAGAUGAGAUUUCUGUAGCUUUAGACGCAGUUGAUCCAUCUGACUUUCAAGAUUCCUGGCGACUGAAUGAAGGUUUUGUUGCCACAGAAGGCACUGCCAUAUUACCUCAUCUUGGUGCUACUGGCCCUGAUAUAAUUGAGAUUCAUCUAGCACUUUUACUUCAGUGUUUCUUAGAGGCUGGUUUACUGGAUGGCUUAGCUGAAGUGGUUGUUACAAGUGAUACUUUUAUAUCGGUCCGAGCGACUGUUUUAUUGGGUCAACUUUUGCAUUUAAUACACCUAUAUCUACCUCCUCAAAUAUGUAGUAUAACACCGGCACUUCCAACUCUCAUGUCCCAGGCCUCGGCCGGCAAGCCACAAGCGCUUGCCGCUGUCGCUGCCUUGCGGAGACUACACUCUAUGCUGGAAGCGCGACCGGCGAGUAGCAGUUUGUUCCUAGACCACAUUAUACAGUAUUGUAGUGGUGCAUUUAAGGAGAAAAUGGAAGACACUAGUAAAAGUCGUAAAGAAAAAGACAACGCUAGUAUGGUUAAGCCUAAACAUGAUGUGUCACUACAAAGAGAAAAUAGUAUUGAAUUUUUAAAUGAUUCUGAUAAUGAAAAUGAACCAAAACAAAGGCAUAGCGUUGGUUCUCGAGCUGACGUAACGAGCAGAAAUAUGGGCGCUCUAGUGAAGAGUAAAAGUGUUAGUUCACGGACUAGUGCUGCAGUGAGUAAAGUUACUAAGUCAGCAAAGUUUUUUAAUUUGUUCGAACGUGACAGCGACAGUUUAAUUAGAUGUACUUUAGUAAUGCAAAAUAAAGAUGGCAAUACAUGGGAUUGGGAGGUUAUAAGGACUAUUUUAAAGGAAAAUGAUACUCCAUUGUUAAAUUUAAAUGACAGCGGUCAUAAGGCGUGGGUUACUCGUAUAAUAAAUUACUUGAAGCCGUCUUCGAACAAGUAUUCACAUACAGAUUUAUCUAGUACAGGGCAUGGCCACUCAGCGACACGCGCCGGUUGCCAAGUUAUCAGACAUCUCUUGAGACAUAAUGAUUUUGAGUGUCAAAGACUGCUGGAAGACUUAUUCUCGGAUGUGAGCCGGCAAAUAGAGGCUAUAGAAACAGGGCUGAAGGCCCACGAGUGCCUGUUCUCGCCACAACACAUGUGUAACACCAUGUGUCAAAUGUACUUCUUGUUUAUAGGACAAUUGUGCCAUUCGCAUAACGGCUUGAGAUUAUUAAAGCAAACUGGACUUUAUGAAAAUCUUUUAGAACUGUCAACAAAAACUCAUCACAGCUGUUAUGUAAAAUUGGUUAUAUCAAGUCUAGACUACACAUUGGAUUCCUAUCCGCGUGAUAUCCUCGCCAAAACGCUGACAUGUAACAUUCAAGCCUCUAGGCUAUACGCUACACAGUUCCUUAACGUUUUAUUGCGAGCUUCGCGCAAAUCUCGUGAAUUGGUGCGAAGAAAAACUAAACUAAAGAAGACGCAUGAACAUUUAAGAUCAUCUCAUAGAGACAAUAACGAGGUUAAUAGUGGCGUAGACAUGGACACGUGGAUAUUGCAGAUGUUGAUCGGACAAGUAAAGGACGAGUCUAAGGCUGUCGUUAAAAUUGCACUUACAGUUUUGGAAGAAGCUCACAAUGUGCCGUAUUUUGUUGAAAAAAUGAUACCAUUAAAGGAGUUGCUUUGUCAGAAUUGUCGACUCGAUAAAAAUAUGGAGCCGUCUGCGAUAGAUUUCGCCACAGUUAUCGAUAGAGGGUAUCUACUGUGGCUCAGCCUCGAGGCCGCCGUCGCUGUGCAAACGGCCGAUGCGAAGUCCGUCGCCUUUCUUAAAAAGCAUUUGGAUUUCUGGACUAAAUCAUACAACUACCGGUACGUUAGGCUGCUGGAGGCGGGCGUGCACGAAGCCCUGGCCGUGAGCGAGGCGGGCGGCGGGCGCGUGACGCCCCGCACGCGGCGCGCCGCGCGCCCGCCGCUGCACCUGCACGCCGCGCUGGCGCCGCGCGCGCCGCCCCCGCACGCGCCGCACGCGCAUCGCGCGAGGGCCUUGCUGCAAGCCGUGCUACCCGAUCAUUAUAAGAUCCUGCAGCGUAAGAGAUGUGCUACGGAGCAGGAAGUCGCAGACAUAAAAGCUUCUCUAUGGGCGGUCGGUAACACCGCUGUCACCUCGCAAGGUCUCCAACAAUUGAUGAGCCUGAGCAACGGUUAUUUGGAAGACUCGGUUCUGGUGCACAUUGUGCGCUUGGCUAAGUACAACGCGGUGUAUUCUAUCCGUGCGACAGCCUUUUACGUACUCGGCCUGAUCGGAAGUACGUACGACGGUGCCAAUCUACUGUCUGAUUUAGGUUGGUUAUGCGUUAGACACACAAGACACGACCAAUUUCCAGUGAUUCCCGAAGAAACGUACUCAACAUUUGAUCAAGGCACGAACUAUUGUUUUGCUUCAUCUGAGAAUCGUUAUAAUGUUUACGACACAGAAAUGAGUGAACAUUCAGACCAUACGGAUCAGAGCGUGGCAGAGAGCUUGUAUUCAGAUAAAAACUUAGUCAAAACGGGAUUUGUAUCUGCAGAGCAAUCGGAAAUAAAAGACCAGGAUGUUACUGACAAUAAGGGCUCUGGUGAUGGACGUAGAGAAACAGAUAAGAGGAAAUCUCACACACUUCCAUCCCAAAGUUGUUAUACCUCGCAUGACCGACCCGCAUUAACGGAGUCGAGAACUGUAGAUAUACUCAAAGAUUGUUCUAUCUAUGAACGUCCCUCACAUCGAAUGCCUAUGGGCGAAAAUAGACUGAUAAUAGGCCGAAUGAACUCUAUAGAACAUACACAUGAAGGCAGAAUACGAAACACAAGUGAAUCUAGUACGAGUGGAGUCAGUAGUUGUGAUUCGUUCCUUGGGAAAUACGCUAUUCCAGACAGAGUUCUGACGCUAAGUCCAAUACCAAGCUCGUCAAGUUUGUACGGUAUGAAAAGUUGCAACAGCUCGCACCGUCCAAAGAUAUCAGAAUUACAACGUCGCACUUCAACAUCUAGUUUCACAGGUCCCGAUGUCGCAAGCUCACCACCAUCGCAAAUGGAUAUGACCGGUUAUGCCACAUUGAAGUCUCUUAAUAGACGACCUCAUUUAUCAGAAAGUGCAGCAACAGGAUCUUCAGAAAUGGACGAUUUAAGCUGGUGGUUAUUAACUGAAUCCAAUAGGCGAACAAGGCCAUUUUCUUCAUUACGAGAUAGAUCCAAAACUACGAAAGAAAGGAGAGCAAAACUAAGUAUGCUGGAGUACGACUGGAAGCCGCUGCCGCUGGGAGAGAGCACGCGCGUGUCGCCGCCCGUGUCGGCGCCGCGCCGCCACACCGCCGUGUCGCCGGCCGCACCCGCCGCGCACCUGCCGCACGCGCACUCGCCUGCCUACAUGGGCAUCUGUCUGCCUCGAGACCUCGCGGAAAUCUUUCCCAGGGACGAAGAAAUGAAGGACGACGAUACCGAUAAAAGUGAACUCACGAAGCGCGGUCGCCUGCCAUCGUUCCUCGUAGACACCAGUAGUGCCAGUACUGAAAAUAAAUCUCGCGCUACCCCCGACAGUCAGAAAUUACCGUCCCAUAAAGGUUUAGAAAACAUCCUUGCUCUCACUAGGACUUUACAAUGUAGUACGAACGCUAAUUCUAGUGCUAACAUCAGUACUGUUGCGGUUCACGUACCCAAAACUCCCAAUUCAGAAAAAGCCGAAACGUAUGUGACUGCAAACGUAGAACCUAGUGAAACGAAUCGACGUGCAACCAAAGAAAAAACCAGAAGGGUCAUAGCUGCAGUUAGUGAAGACGAUUAUACGAAAACUGCAACACAGUUAUUAGAAAAGAACGUAAAUUCAACCAACAAGGAGAAUAAAGAUGACACUUUAACUAGUAUCGAUGGGGAAAAAGACGUGAAUUCGAGCCGUCCUGGAAACGAACUUGUUACCGAGGCAAAUGAAAAUUCACAAAGUGCGAUAGCUCCUCUUUCUGAAAAUAUCGCUAGUUCUGCAUCAGCGUCCGCCAAUAAAAAGUGGCGUCAUGCGACCGCCGAUUGUUUGGCUUGUGUACGAACCCGCCCACCUUCUUCGCAUGAAUUACGUGAAGCGUUUUUUGCUGGAAUGGAUGGUUCAAUCGCAAGCUUGUCUGAACCUCGUAGUCCAACAAAUGAAAAAUCUGUUGCUGAUUAUGGAACUAGUCUACAUACAGCUGACCUACUGCACCAAGUGCACUUAAUGUCUAACCCUAUACAUUUAAAACAGACGCGGUCUGUUCUACUCUCAAUAAAGCAGCGGCACCCAGAUUUAUUUCGCAGUCCUUGCGUAUACUCCGACGUCUGUGCUCUGCUGUCAAGAGACACAUAUAUGCUAUGUGCGAGACGAUUCAUUCAGGAACUAUUUCUUGAUACAUGUUUUGAUUGUUUCUCUUUAGAGCCAGCUGCCGUGCUCAAGCGACACGGAACUGUCGCCUCGCCAACGUCUAACUUUGCCUCGCCUAUACGCCCGUAG